AUGUAUAGACGACCACUUCCACCCAUCGAGUUGACAAAUAUCCCAACCUUGAAGCAAGUUUACGAAACCGGAGGCAUACAGUUGAAAAUGCUUCCAGAUCGAAAAACGAGACAAAGAACGGUUAAACUCGAGGCAAGUUUUCCUCAUGAGGACAAAUUCAAUGAGAAGAUAUCGAUUAUUCAAGCAGACAUUACCAGGUUAAAGGUAGAUGCUAUUGUUAACGCUGCAAACAGAACACUACUGGGAGGAGGCGGAGUCGACGGUGCCAUUCAUAGAGCUGCUGGUGACCUCCUGUGGAAAGAAUGUCGGUCCCUGAACGGAUGCGAUACUGGGGAUGCCAAGAUUACAAAAGGAUAUGAUCUACCAGCAAAACACAUCAUACAUACCGUUGGGCCAAUUGGUGAAAAUCGAGAGGCAUUGCGUAGUUGUUACCAACGGUCAAUGGAAGUACUCUGUGAGAAGAAUCUGAGGACAAUAGCUUUUUCUAAUAUCAGUACCGGUAUAUAUGGUUUCCCGCGUGAUGCAGCUGCUCACGUGGCAUUAAAAACUUUAAGAGAGUGGAUGGAAAGCGAUUCCAACGCGGACCUUGUCGACCGAAUCAUCUUCUGUGUUUUCGAUGAUGAUAAUUUGUAUGUCUAUAGAUACUUAUUGCCGGUAUAUUUUCCACAACCUCCGGAUGAAGAGAGACGUGGUUGGGGUCGUCCAAGGCGAUUGCUUGACGAGGAGAGAGAGGAACGUGGUUGGAGCACAAGGCGAACAUCUGACGAUGAGAAAGAGGAAC